GCAAUUUUCCUGCUUAAGUCAAAAGUUCGUCUCGCCCAAAAUCUCAGUAAAAUGAAUCCAGAUUCCCUCACUUCAGAGUUAACUUCCCUUGGCACGUGAUGGUGCGGAAUGAAAUAUAAAAGUCGGUCGAUUGUAAAGAGGGAAUUACUGCACACAUCACUGAGCUGAACUGUGCUCCAGUUUUUAAACCAAUUCAGCCUUCUGAGAAGUUUGAAAGAUAUUUUAUACCGAUUGGAUCUUCUAUUUUAUGAAAUUGUAGUCCACCGACUUAACGAUGUACAAUUCCAAUGAAACCAACCUCGCUGAAACACGUACACAGACAGCGAAGGCUGCAAGUGACUCCCAGGACAGCCAAUAUCUGUACAUCUUAAUUGUCAUGUCUUUCUAUGGAACCUUCCUCCUGGGAAUAGUGCUGUGUUACAUCAAGUCAAAGAAGCGGCAGCGGAAAGACGACGCACUUUUUCUGUAUGAUGACAGGGGAGAGUGGGCUGCACUGAAGUCGUUGCAGAUACCCUUGGUGUUCGGCACUUUGCCAGAGAGCGUGGUGCCGUCUUUGUCCUGUGCCGUAUGCUCCAUGGAAAGUAGCUUGAGCUCGGAGACAGCUCAAGAUCUCCAACUCACCUUGGAAGGGGAGGCAGUGGUUGGAAAUGAAACUCUGCUCUACAGUAUUUCGGGCAGCUCUCAUCCGCCGGCUGAAACCCCUUCUUAAAACGAUGGAAAAGGAGUUCCAGACGGUGAGCAAGCCCGUGAUUUUGGUUACACUGCACAUGUGGUGCCUGUCGCACGCUAGUGCUUGAAUUAGCCAUUACUUCCCAAUGGACACUCACAAGAGCACGAACAUAACAUGAAAGACGUUUCUGCGAAUACACCCAUUGACUCUUAAAAGUCAAAAUCUGUAUAUUUGGACACUAGUGACGGCGUUUAUAAGAUUUACGGUAAACAUGUUAAAACAUUCGAUUGUAAUUCUCUACAGAAUUGCUCUUAAACAGACUGCUACCAUUUUAUAGUUAAUCCGUAGAUAUGUCUGGAAAUAAAGAAUUUAAGCAGGAGGGUCAACAAAUCAACAAGGCUUCGACUGAUGGAUGGAGGAUCUUCAAAACGCUUACAAAUUCUCAUUGGCAAUUAGCCUGGAAACACUUGAAAAUUGAAAAUCUUCCGGAUGAAACUGGCGUUGGACUUUUGACAAAUAUUCUGUAAACUAUAUCAUUGCUAUUAAAUUAAUUUGUAAAUAUUAGGUUAAUCUGCAAAACAAAUGUAAAUAUUUAUUGUUAAGUGGCAUUAAAAUAUUUGAAUUUAAGAAUAUGAUUUAUCUAUAUUCAUAUCAAAUAUGAAUGUCAGGUGUAAUGGAGCUCACGGAAGCAUAGUGGUUUACACAACGCUCUACUAUACAGACUGCCCAGGUUCAAUUCCCACCGCUUUCUAUAAGGAUUCUCCCCGUGACCGCAUUAGUUUCCUCUGGGAACACUGGUUUCCUCACACAGUCCGAAGAACUACUGGUUGGUGGAUUAAUUUGUCAUUGCAAAUUGUCCCGUGAUUAAACUCGGAUUAAUUUGACGGGUUGCUGGGUGGUGCAGUUCGUAGGGCAGGAAAGACCUCGUCUAUGCUGAAUCUCAAUAAAUAUAUAUCAUAUAGUCAAUGCACAGCUAAAUCAACUAAGUUGAGCCCUAUCACAUUUUUGUUUGCAAUAUCUGUCCCUGUGCAUUACCUACUUGUCCUUGGCAUCUGAUUCUGAGAGGAAACCAGUUAACCGGAAAAAAAUGGUUCAAGGAAGUCAAAAGUAAAGCAAUAACAAAAAUGGAGGUUAGAGGUGGAGAGGAUUUAUGAAAGUAAGGAAAGACAAUUACUUGAGCAAUAUCCAUGAAGUGAUGGAUGAGGUCGAUACUGGCAUUGCCCCAAGAUCAUAAGCAUAAUGAAUACACGUGCAAAUCAAUUUUUUGUAAGUACACAACAGCUGAAUAUUUCUACCUGACCUGUCUAUCAAAUGGUUGACUAUCAGCUCUUUAGGAGAUCUAUUGUGUGCAGGCUUUAUGUGGGAAGCAACCACUGGUUGGUAGGGGCAGAUUGCAAUAAAUGGACUAGCUUCAACUGUUGGAAACUUGUCCUUUGGGCAUUAUUGUUUUAGAGCAAAUUCUUCAAGACGUGUGCUAUGAACAAUGUGCAUUAUGUCGACAGAUAGGAACAAUGAUGACUGCACCCUUUUUGAAGUUAGUUUCAAUAAAAGCUGAAAUACAAAUAAAAUAGUCUGCAAUUAACUUCAAUAGUGAAAAUUGCAACACGCUCAAAAUGCUGGAGGAGCACAACAGGUAAGGCAGC